UGGUCGUGUCUGUAAGCGGUUCAAAYACUCAACAUUUCAAACGACAUGAGAAUAACUGCUUUAAUUCCUCAUUGUGUGUACCAAUGGCCACUGGAACUCUCACCGCACGAAAGAAUUCAGACGCUGACAUACGCGCGCUAACAUCUUAUGAGGGUACAUUCCGUAUUGACGUAACAAACACAAUUUCAACAUUAUAUACAGUCUUUUAUCGCUUACCAAAGGGAGCCCAAUAUUUUGACUCGGCCUGUUCGGCUUCGGCAUGUCCCAGGAUAAUUAUUUCGCACAGCUAUCCUUAUGUCUGGGAAUCGAAUUGUAAGGGAACAACACAGGGAUACCACAUUGUGGCUUGUCACAGCGUAUUCGAUGGUCAUGAUAAUCGAGAAUGCGGGACUGUUUGGAAGUCGUCGAAGUACCCUGAUCACAGGGUUUUAUACAGAUACUGCGGUCACAAUGGGAUCUUCUCAGGCAAGCAGGGACAUGUCUAUGUUCGGUGAACAUAUCUCAGGCAAGCAGGGACAUAUCUAUGUUCGGUGAACAUAUCUCAGGCAAGCAGGGACAUGUCUAU